AUGGAACUUCUCACCACGAAUGAUGGAUAUGUCAUCAUUCAGUUCGUCUUCAGGGAACCACUGGUGCUUUUGGCAGGGCCUACUUUUAGCUGGGCUUUGGGAGGACCAAAAACGUCGAACUCCUUCUCAGUUUGGGAGAUCCUGCUGGAAGAUAAACUCCGAGUUACUUCGCGGUUUGACAUCCAGAGUCACCCCCGAGCCACGGUGAAGCGGUAA